CUGCCAGUGGAAAAAAAAAAAAAGAAAAAAAAGUGUUGCCCACAUUUAGCUAAAAUCUUAGCAAAGUUUAUCCAGCAUACAGCGUGUUGCCGGGACCUCUGGACCUUGACUGCCAACGUCUGUCGUUUAGCAGCUAAGAUGGCAGAGCUGCGGCAUCGAGGAGCCAAAGACAGCGACCCUCCGUUAGAGCAGCAGCCAUCAGAGGACAAGGGCUCUGACAGCGAGCUGAAGGUAGAGAAAGAUGGAGUCUCAGACAACGAGUCCAAGGUGGACUCGGGAGUCCCAGAGGUCCCUGUGCCUCCUGAUGACACCCCAGAGGUCCUAAACAAGGCGCUGUCUGGACUCUCAUCAAGGUGGAAGAACUGGUGGGUCAGAGGCAUCUUAACACUAGCCAUGAUCUCCUUCUUCUUCUUUAUCAUCUACCUGGGCCCCAUGGUGCUCAUGAUGAUUGUCCUUUGUGUUCAGAUCAAAUGUUUCCAUGAAAUCAUCACCAUUGGGUACAGCGUGUACCACUCCUACGACCUUCCCUGGUUCAGGACGCUGAGCUGGUACUUCCUGCUGUGUGUGAACUACUUCUUCUAUGGUGAGACGGUGACGGAUUACUUCUUUACACUGGUGCAGAGAGAAGAGCCGCUUCGCAUUCUCAGCAAAUACCAUCGCUUCAUCUCCUUUGCGCUCUACCUCACAGGUUUCUGCAUGUUUGUGCUGAGUUUGGUGAAGAAACAUUACCGUCUUCAGUUCUACAUGUUUGGUUGGACCCAUGUGACUCUGCUAAUUGUAGUGACCCAGUCCCACCUCAUCAUUCACAACCUGUUUGAGGGGAUGAUCUGGUUCAUCGUUCCCAUUUCCUGUGUGAUCUGCAACGACAUCAUGGCCUACAUGUUUGGCUUUUUCUUCGGCCGCACCCCACUCAUUAAGCUAUCCCCUAAGAAGACCUGGGAAGGGUUUAUUGGUGGCUUAUUUGCCACCAUUGUCUUUGGCAUCAUGCUGUCCUACGUCAUGGCUGGAUGCCGCUAUUUCGUUUGUCCUGUGGAGUUUAACAACGAUUCCAACAGUUUCCAGGUGGACUGUGAGCCUUCGGAGCUGUUUCAGCUCCAGGAAUAUACUCUGCCAGGAGUCCUGGAGUCUGUCACUGGAUGGACCACAGUCCGUCUUUAUCCAUUCCAGAUCCACAGCAUCGCUCUCUCCUCCUUCGCCUCCAUUGUGGGACCCUUUGGUGGCUUUUUUGCCAGCGGCUUCAAGAGAGCGUUUAAGAUCAAGGACUUUGCCAACACUAUCCCAGGACAUGGAGGCAUUAUGGAUAGAUUUGACUGCCAGUACCUAAUGGCUACAUUCGUUAAUGUCUACAUUGCCAGCUUCAUCAGGGGCCCCAACCCCAGCAAGGUGAUCCAGCAGCUCCUGGCCCUCCGACCAGACCAGCAGCUCUACAUCUUCAACUCCCUGAAGGCUCAUCUGACAGAGAAAGGCUUGCUGCCAGCUGUGGAGGCUUAGAUCCCCGGCCCCCCACAGAGAGCAGCACUCGGGGUGAGGGGCUCCGGGGUCCUUCAACCCUCUGCGCUCUCACAGAAUCAGUUUAUUUAUGAGCGAGGAAAACCGAGAAAAAAACGUUCAGCUUUGGUUCAUUCCAGUUGGAUUUGUUUGGAGCGUUUUGUGUUUCUGUGUCUGUCUGCUUGGUGAAUCCUGUUCCGGACCCCCGUGUUUCCAGAUUUACUGGGUGUGUUACUGCUCAGUCCCUCAUUACCAGUACAGCCCAGUUAUUGUUUUUCUGAUUUCAGCAACACUGUUAAACUAAAUUUUGGUUGGAUGUACAUUUCUACUCGUUUACGCUGUAUCUUCAAAAAUGUUGGUUCAGGUGUGUUCAUGUUUUAUUGUAUGCUGUUUUUCUUUUUGUUUUGUUUUUUAUCUAAAGCUGUUAACACACUGUAAUCUUACCGCAGCGUCACCCUCCCACAUUAUUCUGGUUUUUCACUUUUUUUGUUUGUGAUGCUAUUUAUACAGAGAUGGUUUUAUAUUUCUUAUGUUCUAGUGAAUCUUAACGCUGUCUGUUGUGUUCAGGCGGUUAUGCACAUUUUUGUGUCCGUUCGUUUCAGAAGCUCUAAUACUCGGCCAAUUUAUCACCGUUACAUCAUCAAUUAGUGCCGUGAAUUUAAUUUAAACAUUUGAGUCAGAUAAAUGCCUGAACAGCCUUCUGUGAGCAGAUUGAGUUCACCAAAAAAUCCGUCUGAAGGCUAGCAACCGACCUCUCACCUGUUUCAUAGUGUCCGUCAUUCCUCCUAGUAUUAUUUUAGUGCAGCUGACUUACUGUUUGAUCAGAUGGGCGGGAUGGUAAAUGAUUCCUGCACUGCCAUUGCUUUUCAUGUUGAUGGUCCUGCAGCUUCAUGAAGGUCGUACACUGAACCGCUGUAGUAAUGUUGGACCCGGGCAUAUCUGUUCAUGUUGCACUUUUGCCAAUACCGUUAAAUGUUUUUGUGCGUAAAAUUGUUCAUUCCUCAAGAUUUAAGGUUUUGUUUUUAUUCCAAGUGUGAUUUGGUAGUAAAGCAUAAGCUUAA